AUGACUUGUCCUGUCCUCCCAGGCAGGUCUUUACAGCCGGAGGUUGAGAGUAGUGGAGAACACAAGAAGAUCAAGCAGACAGACGGACACACGUACUGGGUGAUGAUGGGGAUGGUGAUGAUGAUGAUGAAUGGAGACAACAGUAUUCUAAACUCUCGCUCUCUGGAGAGACCGCCCCCUGAAUAUAAACUGGAGAGACCGCCCCCUGAAUAUAAACUGGAGAGACCGCCCCCUGAAUAUAAACUGGAGAGACCGCCCCCUGAAUAUAAACUGGAGAGACCGCCCCCUGAAUAUAAACUGGAGAGACCGCCUCCUGAAUAUAAACAGGAGAGACCGCCCCCUGAAUAUAAACUGGAGAGACCGCCCCCUGAAUAUAAACUGGAGAGACCGCCCCCUGAAUAUAAACUGGAGAGACCGCCCCCUGAAUAUAAACUGGAGAGACCGCCCCCUGAAUAUAAACUGGAGAGACCGCCCCCUGAAUAUAAACUGGAGAGACCGCCCCCUGAAUAUAAACAGGAGAGACCGCCCCCUGAAUAUAAACUGGAGAGACCGCCCCCUGAAUAUAAACAGGAGAGACCGCCCCCUGAAUAUAAACAGGAGAGACCGCCCCCUGAAUAUAAACAGGAGAGACCGCCCCAUGAAUAUAAACUGGAGAGACCGCCCCCUGAAUAUAAACAACAGGAGAGACCGCCCCCUAAAUAUAAACACGAGAGACUGCCCCCUGAAUAUAAACUGGAGAGACCGCCCCCUGAAUAUAAACAGGGGAGACCGCCCCCUGAAUAUAAACAACAGGAGAGACUGCCCCCUAAAUAUAAACAGGAGAGACUGCCCCCUGAAUAUAAACUGGAGAGACCGCCCCCUGAAUAUAAACUGGAGAGACCGCCCCCUGAAUAUAAACUGGAGAGACCGCCCCCUGAAUAUAAACUGGAGAGACCGCCCCCUGAAUAUAAACUGGAGAGACCGCCUCCUGAAUAUAAACAGGAGAGACCGCCCCCUGAAUAUAAACUGGAGAGACCGCCCCCUGAAUAUAAACUGGAGAGACCGCCCCCUGAAUAUAAACUGGAGAGACCGCCCCCUGAAUAUAAACUGGAGAGACCGCCCCCUGAAUAUAAACUGGAGAGACCGCCCCCUGAAUAUAAACUGGAGAGACCGCCCCCUGAAUAUAAACAGGAGAGACCGCCCCCUGAAUAUAAACUGGAGAGACCGCCCCCUGAAUAUAAACAGGAGAGACCGCCCCCUGAAUAUAAACAGGAGAGACCGCCCCCUGAAUAUAAACAGGAGAGACCGCCCCAUGAAUAUAAACUGGAGAGACCGCCCCCUGAAUAUAAACAACAGGAGAGACCGCCCCCUAAAUAUAAACACGAGAGACUGCCCCCUGAAUAUAAACUGGAGAGACCGCCCCCUGAAUAUAAACAGGGGAGACCGCCCCCUGAAUAUAAACAACAGGAGAGACUGCCCCCUAAAUAUAAACAGGAGAGACUGGCUCUGUAG